AUGAGCAGCCGCCGAAAGGCCAAUCCAACAAGAUUCAGCGAAUCAGAACUUGGCGACAUUGUGCAGAAACCAUCCACAUCCGUGCAGAAUCUCUCCGAAAUGAUCGAACACAUUGUGGAUCAUACAAAAACCCAUCACAUUAUGAUGACAGAUGAGGACAUGGAUAGUUCACCUAAUCCAGCCGCGUCACCUCCGCCAGCUUCAAUUAAAAGCAGUGCUAGUAGCACUUCUGAACACACAAGCACGUCCGCCACUACAGGAGUUACUGAUUAUCCUGAUAUUCUUGCUCAAACCGAACAAGGUUGUACUGUCCUAAUUGACGGAAAUACGCUCAGGGAGCUCUUGAACUCUUUCGAAUCCCACGACGGAAAGCUUGAUCUCAUUCAAAACGUGAUAAGACAGCUAACAACACUAAAAGAACGACUAUCAAGCGAGGAGCUGUCUAAGGAGGACAAAGAGGAACAGUCGGACGCUUUCAUAAAAGAAGAUCCAACAAAUCAGAAAAUGCAGUCGGACACAUUUGAUGACAUGCUUCUACGGCAACAAAUGCUGAUUCAUCAGCAAAAUCAACAACGAAUUCUGGCAAUGAUGGCUCAGCCAAACUUAUCCCUGCUCUUUCCAGGAGCUCCUUAUGAACAUUUGCUUGGAAAUGGAAUCAUUGGCGCCAGUAUGCCGUCAAUCCUACAGCAGAAUUUAGCUGCAUCACUAGCAGUGGUCACACCGAAGCCGAAACCCGAAAAAAUUCCUGAUUGUCCACUUAAUUUGACAAAGGUAAAAACGGAGGAGAUCAGCAAGCCCAGCCCGAUGAUCCCAACGUUGUCAACCUCACCGAUGGCUCCCUCAAACAUUCUCGCUUCUGCGUUCACUAACCACUCCCCAGCAUCUUCUGGGAAAAGCACACCUGGAAACGGAUCUCUUCUAACUUCAAUGGAACCUCCAGCAGCUGUUCGAGCUCAAGCAAAAUCGCCAAACCAUAUUAAACGACCUAUGAACGCUUUCAUGGUAUGGGCACGCGAUGAAAGAAGAAAGAUUCUGAAGGCACAUCCAGACAUGCAUAACAGUAACAUUAGCAAGAUUCUUGGAAAUCGAUGGAAAUCCAUGAGUAAUUCCGAGAAGCAGCCAUAUUAUGAGGAGCAGUCUCGUUUAAGUAAGCUACACAUGGAGCAACAUCCUGACUACCGCUACAGGCCACGACCGAAAAGGACAUGCUUAGUGGAUGGGAAGAAGGUGCGUAUCAAUGAGUACAAGACCAUGAUGAAGAAGAAGGAGCCGAGUUGGCCCGAAGAUCAGUCGAUAUCUCCGACAUCUCAGCUAGACUUUUCGGGUUUGACGGGUGCUGCGCUACUAGCGGACUUCGCCCAUCAUCAUCAGUCCCAUAUGUUGCAGACUGCGGAGUAG